GCUCAUUCGGACGCGGAGCUGCUGCAGUUUGCAGCCCUACAGCGGGUUUGGGAAACCGUCAAGCCGCUGGAUAAGCGUUUCCGAACAUCGAGAAAACACCGUGGCGUUUAUUUACACCAUUAUUUUUCCAGACGUGAUAUAUCAGCAUGGGGAAUGGCAUCAAUAAGAUACUGCCUGACUUGUACCUGGGAAAUUUCAAAGAUGCAAGAGACCGAGAACAGUUAGCCAGGAACAACAUCACACACAUCCUGUCCAUUCAUGACAGUGCAGCUCCCAUCCUCCAGGAGAUGACCUAUCUGUGCAUUCCAGCAGCUGACCUGCCCACACAAAACCUGACUCAGCACUUUAAACAAAGUAUAAUGUUCAUGCACGAGUCGCGCCUGAAAGGAGAGGGCUGCCUUGUUCACUGUUUGGCAGGUGUGUCCCGCAGUGUCACCCUGGUGGUGGCCUACAUCAUGACGGUGACAGGACUUGGCUGGCAGGAGGCGCUGGCUGCAGUGAGGGUGGUUCGGCCCUGCGCUGGCCCGAACCUGGGCUUCCAGCGACAGCUUCAGGAGUUUGAGGCUACUCAAGCUGAUGAGUUCAGAGAAUGGCUACAGAGGGAAUAUAAGGACAAUCCCUUCAAUGAUGAGGCUGAUCUGCGUGAUUUGCUCACCAGGACGUCCAAAGUCAAUGGCGAGGAGGCAGAAAAACGGGCUAACCGACCUUGAGGUUUCUGAUCAGAUCUUUGAUGAGAUAUUUUGGGAGGAUUACACCACUGUGUGAUUCUACAGUAUACUGGACCUGUCUGGAAGUCUAAGUGCUUAGGAGUGGACUACUGUCGCUCAACACCACAGGAAUGAUCCUCUUACAACCAUGAACACUGGAAGAGACCAUUCAUAUGUACAGCACAUAUUCAUUUUUAGAUUAAGUUUAUGUUUCUGGUGCUGUUUUUUUUGUCUAAUUUAUCAAUGUUGGUUUUUUUUUGUACCGUGUCAUGAUGAUUUCAAAUAGUGAAAUAAAAGCAGUACAGUCAAGCAUUUUGUGGCAGUCGGUGGGCUGUCGAAUCGAAGCUGAUAAAA